AUGUCUACCGCUCCCCCCGCUUCUGAUUCCACGGGUGCAUCGUCAGGAGGACCGGUGGAGUGCGCAAUUAGGGCCAAGCUCACUGAGCUCCUGAAGCCUUCGCAACUUGACAUCAAAAAUGACUCAUGGCAACAUAGGCACCACGCGCCGAUGAGGGCGGAGGGCGGUGGCAACGGGGAGACUCACUUUUCGGUGAAUGUCGUGUCAGACGAGUUCCAGGGAAAGAACACCAUGCAACGACACCGAAUGAUAUACGCCGCCCUCUCAGAGGAGUUUGCCGCCGGGCUUCAUGCACUGUCGUUGAAGACCAAGACUCCUGUUGAGAUUCAAUCCAGCAAACAGUCAUAG